CAAUCCGUCAGUUUGCUGGCUUAUCCAUCACCGGCAGCCGAUAAUUGUCCACUCCGUGGUCUCCUUGAUCCUGUCUGGCGAGACACAAUUGCCAGUGUCAUCAAUAGUGCCGUACUCAAGGCUCAUGAUCUUCCUGUUCAACCGGCUCUUGAACAGGGUUUGCGUGCAUUGCAGCGUUGUUUUCAGGAUCAGUAUUUCGUGGAGGCACAGACCUUAGGGCAUUUUUUGCUCUAUCAUCUAACUCCAAGCCAGGUGGAUGCAGCGGAACAGGCAGCGGCUAGUUCUGUUCUGAACAAUCUCAGCGUAGGUGGAGUAGGUCCUGGCUGCACAGAUCAUUCAAAAACGGACGCAGGUUCAAGCCCACCAUCCUCUUCAUCCAUGGAUGAGCGGUUGUCAUCCACAACCAAGUCUCGAGUGGGUGGAUCCAGCACUACACGACGGGCUGGUGUUCUCAAUGGACAUAACUCCGAGCCACGCCGCCGGUCAGUGCGUCGUGGUCGUGCCGACGACCCUCAUGCUCAGGUUCUCAAUACGCCACUCCAACCGUCAUCGUCCUUAUCCCCAUACCCUUCUUCACGUUCCGGGUCGGGUUCACUGCGCAACCAAUUGUCGACCACCAAUCCUGUCCCACGUUUUCGACCACAGUCGGCAGCAGCAACUGUGGUGUCCCCAAGAACUAGUGGUAGUAACAACAGCAAUAUUACCUGUCUUUCAGAUCCUGAUGGUACAACCAACAGUCCUCCUAACCUGGACUCUGCAUUUCACGGUCUCGUAUCCCUCUCCUACCCACACCAUACGGAGUUCCUCGCGGCUAUGAAUGAUGCCUUGAAAGCGUAUGCUGGUUCCAUUCUCCUCACAGACGAUGAUCAAUCCGCUUCAUGCAGUCUGACAGCGCCCAGUAGUCGGAUCAGCCGAAGUGGUGGCAGUGGCGCGGGUGGGGGUGGAGCAGCAUCAGGUCCACCACCUUCUUCAGGUGGAGGAACGUGUGCCCCCUAG